CAGGGGCGGUGUCAGUGUGUAUAAAAGUUCACAGCUGAGAGGCAGAGAGCACUUUUGGAAAGCAUUUUCAGAGAGGCCAAAGGGCUCUUCGUCUGCAGCAACACUCCUCUGCCGCCUUAAACAGCCAUGACAGAGAGACGUAUUCCUUUCACCCUGCUCCGCACCCCGAGCUGGGAUCCAUUCCGUGACUGGCACCAGAACAGCCGCAUCUUCGACCAGGCCUUUGGCAUGCCUGCCAUGCCCGAGGAAUUUGCCACAUUCCCCAGCACCCACUGGCCAGGCUACCUGCGGCCCCCCAUCCUGGCUCCGGACAUGGGCCUCAUGAUGCCCCAGACCCCCAUGGUGUACCCAGGCGCCUUGAUGGCCCAGCAGGCUCGUGCCCUGUCCCGCCAGGUGAGCAGCGGCAUGUCAGAGAUCAAGCAGACCCAAGACACCUGGAAGGUGUCCCUGGAUGUCAACCAUUUCUCACCUGAGGAGCUGGUGGUGAAGACCAAGGACGGUGUAGUGGAGAUCACUGGCAAGCAUGAGGAGAGGAAGGAUGAGCACGGUUUUGUGUCCAGAACCUUCACCAGGAAAUACACCCUCCCCUCCACAGCUAACGUUGAGAAGGUCACCUCCUCCCUGUCUCCUGAAGGCUUGCUGACCGUGGAGGCUCCUUUGAUCGUACCGGCCAUCCAGUCCUCAGAGACCACAAUACCUGUCACCGUGGACAACAAAGGUGGCGUGGUGAAGAAGUAGGAAGAAGAGCAGCAGCAGUGUCCCCCACCCCCCUCACACACACACACACACACACACACAUACAUACAUACAUUCAAAUAAGCACUUUAUUUCUACAUGCUCCUAGAAAGGUGAGGAGGCAGUUUAUCGCUCUUCCUAAAGCAGGGAUUGCCCUUGCUCUUCGUCUCUGGUAAUGAGCCAACCCCAGCUGAGUGCACUGUGUAAACACAUCUGCACCAGUGCCAUAUGCCUGCUCUUUCUGCUGUAAUUACACUCCUCAUCUGAAUAUAGGAAAGCUCAGCUUAGCCCCACUCACAGCUUUCUUUCUCUCUCUCUCUCUCUCUCUCUCCCUCACACAUACACCUUUCUCAUUUCUGUUGAGUAAAUCCCUUUCGUGCCGCCUCUACAGACACACUAAAGACAACAGUUAAGUAGACUGUAAUAGCAGUGAUCUUGUAAAGUAAAGAACCGGGGUCCCUGGAGAGCAGGCACACCACCGCUCUGAGUGCAGAACAAUGGCUGGUAGCGAUCACUGUGGUCCCCCUGGACUGGAAUUAGACUGGUUUUAUCUGCAGUUGCUGCUUUGGGAACAAACUGUUCAGUCAAACACAGAAUAAAGCACGGAUAACAAA